AUGGCCUUCCUAUCGAUACCCUCUCCGAGGCGAUGGGUCGCCCUCCUUUCUCUCUCCCUCGGGCCAAUCCUGGGCGCAGCAGACGCAACACCGAAUUCAGCGGCAGAUUAUUAUGUUCGCGACCUGCCUGGGCUCCCUGCGAAUGGCCCUAAUAUCAAGAUGCAUGCUGGUCAUAUCGAAGUUACCCCCGAGAGCCACGGAAAUCUGUUCUUCUGGCACUUUGAAAACCAGCACAUCGCCGACAAGCAACGAACCGUCAUCUGGAUCAACGGCGGACCAGGAUGCAGCUCCGAAGAUGGCGCCAUGAUGGAGAUUGGCCCCUAUCGGCUCAAGGACAAGGAGAACCUCUACUACAACAAUGGCUCCUGGGGCGAGUUUGCCAACCUCCUGUUCGUCGAUAACCCUGUGGGCACUGGAUUUAGUUUGGUCGACACCAAUGCCUACGUGAAAGAACUUGACGAGAUGGCCGAUCAGUUUAUCCAAUUCCUCGAGAAGUGGUUCGCCCUCUUCCCCCAGUAUGAUCGCGAUGAUAUCUACAUCGCUGGCGAGUCCUAUGCUGGACAGCACAUCCCCUAUAUCGCUAAAGCCAUCCUCGCCCGCAACAAGAAGAAUCCCAGCAAAGCCUGGAACCUCCAGGGAUUGUUGAUUGGAAAUGGCUGGAUCUCCCCCGUGGACCAAUAUCCCGCCUAUAUCUCAUUCGCUCACGAAAAGGGGAUCAUCGAGAAGGGCUCCGAUAACGACAAGAAGCUGCAAUCUGCCCUGCGAGGCUGCGAAAGAGUCAUUGCUUCCAGCCCUGGUCGCGUCGACUAUGGUGAAUGCGAGGAAAUCUUGAAGAACAUCCUUGAGUUAACCCGAGAUGGCAACAAGUGCAUCAACAUGUACGACGUGCGGCUCAAGGACACCUACCCCAGCUGUGGAAUGAACUGGCCCCCGGAUCUGGAGUAUCUGACUCCUUAUCUCGGAAGAAAGGACGUCGUCGACGCUCUGCAUGUCUCCGCGAUGAAGUCUACCGGGUGGACAGAGUGUAAUGGAGCUGUGGGCGGUGCCUUUACUGCCAGGAAGUCGAAGCCCGCUGUUGAACUUCUGCCAGAUAUUCUCAAGGAGGUCCCAGUCCUCCUUUUCUCUGGAGCCGAAGACUUUAUCUGCAAUCAUCUUGGCACUGAGGAACUUAUCAGCAAGCUGGAAUGGAACGGUGGCAAGGGUUUUGAGGUUACCCCUGGAAACUGGGCUCCUCGUCGGGACUGGACCUUUGAGGGUGAGACUGCCGGUUUCUGGCAGGAGGCUCGAAACUUGACCUACGUUCUGAUCUACAACUCGUCUCACAUGGUCCCCUUCGACCUUCCCCGCCGUAGCCGGGACAUGCUGGACCGCUUCAUGGGUGUCGACAUUAGCAACAUCGGAGGCGACCCAACCGAUAGCCGCAUUGACGGCGAGAAGGGUCCCGAGACCACUGUGGGUGGCGCCUCCAACAAGACUCAGUCUGCCGCCCAGGACCAUCAGAAGCAAUUGGACGAGGCCAAGUGGGCGGCUUACCAGAAGUCUGGCGAGAUUGUUCUUGUCAUUGUCAUCAUCGUUGUCAUCGCAUGGGGCUAUUUCGUCUGGCGCGAACGUCGCAAGGGAGCCGCGUACCAUGCCCUUGCCAACCACGACAACACCAGUCAUUCAAAUGGCUUCCGGGCCAAGUCACAGCCAGGUGAUCUGGAGUCGGCUGCUUUCGACGAGAGCGAGCUGGACGAUCUGCACGGGUCAACGCCGGCCACUGCUACCAGCGCCAGGUUUCCUGUGAACCGUGGUGACACUCAGGAGAAGUUUGUCACUAAGUAUGCUGAGCCUAGUUCAUAA